ACUGGAAUGAGUAAGAGUAUAACACACAGAGCGUACGCACAGGCGCGCCAACAAAACCGACAGCAGCAACACACAAUUGCUUUUAUUCAAGUUUUGACUUUUUGCUGGUGAAGUUUUGAUGUAAACGCUAAAUUAACAAACAAUCAAUUUUGAACGAAACAGAAGAGAAAAAAAAAACGACUCAACGAAUAGUGCAAAACAAAAGCCUAAUCAGUUCAGUGAAUUUUUUUCAGUCUCUGAAAUAACAAAAACGAACAUUUUGUGUGUUGGUUUUAUUUGCUUUCUGUCAGAAAAAUAGUGGUGAUUCUUUGGAAAUUUCAGUGUUGUUUGCAUUGAUUUUGUUCUAUUGCUCGCAUACAUUUAAAGAAGGAAAAAUAUACUCAGAAUCAUGGCGGCCGUUGAUGUUGAACAAAUGCCAAAACCUGAUUUGACACUCAGAACAUUGAAAUUAGCUGGUCAUGUGGGUUUCGAUAGUUUGCCGGAUCAAUUGGUGAACAAAAGCGUUCAAAAUGGAUUUGUGUUCAAUAUCAUGUGCAUUGGGGAAACUGGUUUAGGAAAAUCGACAUUGAUGGAUACAUUAUUCAAUACGAGUUUCGAAUCAACACCAAGUCCUCAUACUUUACCAAAUGUUAAGCUCAAGUCGCACACAUACGAGCUGCAAGAGAGCAGUGUACGAUUGAAGUUAACCAUUUGCGAUACCGUUGGCUACGGCGAUCAAAUCAAUAAAGACGAUUCGUUCAAAGCCGUCGUCGACUACAUUGAUGCCCAAUUCGAAUCAUAUUUGCAAGAAGAAUUGAAAAUCAAACGCGCUCUAUCCACAUGCCAUGACAGCCGAAUUCAUGUGUGCUUGUAUUUUAUUUGUCCAACUGGUCAUGGGCUCAAAUCACUUGAUUUGGUGUGCAUGAAAAAACUCGAUACCAAAGUCAAUAUCAUCCCAAUCAUUGCAAAGGCUGACACCAUUUCAAAGACCGAACUGCAACGAUUCAAAUCGAAAAUUAUUCAGGAACUAUCAUCGAAUGGCGUUCAUAUUUAUCAAUUUCCAACGAACGAUGAAUCCGUUUCCGAGGUCAACACAUCGAUGAACAGCCAUGUUCCAUUCGCCGUUGUCGGCAGCACUGAUUUCGUCCGCAUGGGCAAUAAAACGGUUCGUGCGCGCCAAUACCCAUGGGGUACCGUGCAAGUUGAAAAUGAGAACCAUUGCGAUUUCGUUAAGCUUCGCGAAAUGCUCAUUCGCACAAACAUGGAAGAUAUGCGCGAGAAGACUCACACCAGACACUAUGAAUUGUAUCGUCAAAAGCGCCUGGAACAAAUGGGAUUCACUGAUGUUGACAGCGAUAACAAGCCAGUAUCAUUUCAGCAAACAUUCGAAGCAAAACGUUCGAACCAUUUGGCUGAAUUGCAGAGUAAAGAGGAUGAGAUGCGGCAAAUGUUUGUUCUUCGUGUAAAGGAGAAAGAGGCCGAAUUGAAAGAGAGCGAAAAAGAUUUGCAUGCCAAAUUCGAUAAAUUGAAGAAGGACCAUGCCGACGAGAAGAGAAAGCUCGAAGAGGCGCGUAAAAAGUUGGAAGAGGAAUUUAUGGAAUUCAAUCGCCGCAAAACCCAAAUGGCUACAUCCCAUCACACACUGACGCUCGGCAAGAAGAACAAAAAAUAAGCCACUUCCAUAUUGUGACAUCGUAACAUUGACAUCAUCCUAGAUCUAAUCAAUCGAAACUAACUACAUCGAUUAGAAAAACAAAAAUUCACAAAAAUACUAACAAUAGUUGCAGCAAUGACGACAUGUCACAUUUAUUCCUUUGAUAUUGCACACACCAUGUACGCAAUCACUGACGCCAACAAAUUCAUAUAAUUUAAGCAAAACAAAACAACAACAAAAAUUAUAUAUUUAAAAGUUAUGAUAUUUAUAAAAUAACCCCUGCAAAGAUUCGAACAUUUUUGUGUUUUUUUUUCUUUGUUUUCAUUUAUCAUUCGGUUUUAAUUCGACAUUAACAUAACAACCACACCACAAAAGCAAGAGCUAGUUCUAUGUCCAUUGUCCAAAAAUAAAGAACGAUUUUUUACGAUUUAAAACCCGCUUAGAACAGAGUCAAUUUUUGAUGAUGGAAAUUCGCUUGAAAAUAUUAAUAAAAGUAAACGAAUAGACAUACAAAUGGAAACAAUACAAAUAAUUCAAUUUUAUCAAACUAUAUAUAAAUAUAUUUUUUAUCAUUGCAACAAGAAUUAACAUGUUUCAUUUGAAUUUUUACUUGAUUUUUACUGACAAUUGUAUAAGAAAAACCACUUUGUAAAUUCGAUUUGUGUUAAAAUCUCUCAAAUGGAACGAAUAAAAAUUGAUUUUGGCCAAGCAUA